UAAAGAAUGUCACAAUUGGCAGGGAAUAUGCCAGAUGGCACGGCUAAUAAAUUAGCACCUUGUUAGUGUUCCUCGUGUACAUUUUACACAAUUUUACUUAUUCCCAUUGUGGCAUUGGCACUGUAAUAAGAUUGUAGUACGAUUACAUUAACGUUAGCCUAGAUACCCGUAUGAAAAAACGAUAACACUCGUUUUGUUGGGACAGCUGUCUUUUCAACGAUUUUAGCUCAUCAUACACUUGAAGUUGCUACAUUACAGGCUGCUAUCAAAGUUGGCCGUUGACAUUGAACAGUGACCAGCAGUCAUUAUGGGCACUUAACCCGUUUGAGUGAAGCGCAUACCUCCCCUGAGUCUGACCCACCUCCCUCCAGUGGAUGUCCGAAUUUCUCUUCAGAGGUAGCUUCCAAAACAAGAUGCUAGCUACCUGAGCAAUGCCUCUGAAGCUCUGAGCUUAGAGACAGACGCUGCCCAUCACAUCCCAUCACUGACUGCCUCAACAGGCCACAAGGCCCAACUCCAGGCCCUUUCCAUACCUGCCUGGGCGAGAGAGAGAACCUGAGUCACCAUGAUAGACUUGAGCCAUCUGACGGAGGAGGAACAGUCGAUGAUCAUGACUGUGCUGAAGAGAGACGAAGAGCUAAAGAAAGCAGAGGAGGAGAGGAUCAAGCAGCUGCAGAAAACCAGCGCCCCUGUGGAGAGCAGGCUCAAGUAUCUGACAGGAGAGUGGUUUUACGAGGCCAAGUCUAUGAGACACAGGGAUAAGAUCCAUGGCUCUGAAAUCAUCCUGGCCUCCAUGAAGCAGAGGAAAGCAGGUUCUUUAGAUGGGUCUCUGUCCAGACCCAGAGCAGUCAGCGGUAAAGUCUCAGACAUCACCCCCCCUCCAAAACCUGCCAGGCUCCUGGUGGCACCAACACAGCCCCAAGAGAACAGCGAAAGCCUCAGUGCAUCAGAUGCAGAGAAAGAGAGACUAAAUUCAGUGGUGCGCUCCCCGGGAAGGCCAAGGCACAAUCCUUUUAAUCGAGCAUCCCUUAUUCUGGAGAUAGAGAAGACAGAAAAACAGUUAUCCAAUGGAAAUCAAGAGGCUGAGAAAGCAUCUGAAACAGAGCCCGUAUCUCCCCUGAAGAUUCACAUGACAGCAGACUCCACCAGUCACAACUCAGCAGGGUCUGCCACCUCCGAAGGGUCCUCUCUAGGAUUCAGGCCUGUGCCCAAGAAGAGAACCUUCCUCUCCCGGCGCUCUCAGAGCUCUCUUACAGGCAGUGAUGUCUCCGCCCCUGGGCAGCAAGGUCAUGUAGCUGGGUCAAAGGUUACUGCCCCUGCCCCCCAGGGAAGUCUCCAACAUGGCUCCUGCUGGGGCUCCAACCAGUCCAGCCAGGGGGCAUUGGACGUUCAGUCACAGAAAAUUACUCCAUCUCCCAUCUGUGAGUUACAGAACAAUGCAACUCCAGUUUCUCCCUCUAGUCAGCAACUGAACACUUUGAGUCACCUCUCCCAUAAGCCACUGAAGGAUUUAACCCUAGUCUCCACCAAUACUGAGCUGGAGAGAGAGAAAGAGGCCCUAGAGAGAGAGAAGAGAGCAGAGGAGCCCUCAGAUAACUCAGUGAGGACUCCCUCUCUUCUUAGGGAAACUGAGAGUUCCAAAGUUCCAUUGAGACCCCUGAGUGAGCCAAAGCCUCUCAGACUGUUGGACCUUAGACCAGCCACACACUCUGAUAAUGACAGACACACAGAUAAAUCCUACACAGGUGGUCAGAAGAGUCACGAUGGUCUCAUCCAGAGAGAGUUUGUCAGUGUGGGUCCUCCUCAGGGCAGAGAGAGGUCUGAUGGUCCAUUUUCAGAACCUCUGUCCAUACCACUCUCUCCGAGUUCAGAACUAACAGCCCCUACUCACCACCAGCCUUCUCAGCAUGCAGCCUUUCAACUCAUUGAGAUGCAGGACAAGGAGAUGAUAAGAACCUGCAAUGUGGGCACCGCAAUCAGACAGGAGGACCGUAGUCUGCCUCCAAGCACUGUAGCUCAAUGGAUGCAUCAUGAACUCCAUAACCCUGGGGAUAAGCCUGAUAAGCAUGUUCGUAAAAAACAAGUAGGGCACAAACCUGCCUAUAAAUCAGCCCCCCGUAGUCCCCAAUCCACAGGGGAGGAGGGCGACUCCAUAUCUAAAGUCUUAGAGUGGUUCAGCCGCAGCACAGACAGCAAUGACUGGCUGGAGACUGAAAGUGAUCAACCAGACAUGGAGGAAGACGUGAUUGGCUCUGCAAAAACAGAUACAGAUGACCGGCCUUCCUUUGAGAGCAGGUCUCAGCAGACGGAGGGGAAAGCUCCAGAGAUGAAGAGAAAGCUUCUACAUGUUGACCCCAGCCUGGAUAUACAAAGUAUUGGAGAAGGAGUGUCAGUAUGUUUAACACCAGAUGUAGAGGAUGGAUCUCAGUCUGAAUCCUCUGUGAAUCAACCUCUUGACCAGUCACCUCUGAAUACAGAAAGAUCAUACCAGCCCAAGAGACGCAUGUCUGAGGCUGAGAGGCUGAGAGCAGCAUAUAGGAAGGAGUUCAAGCAAGUGAUGUUAGAUAGAGAAGAGGAUGUGAUAUAUAGGCAAGAGGAUGUGAAGAAGGUCAGUGGCCCUCCAGCCAAAGCUGCUGGACCACAGGUCACAACACAGGAAGUCAAAGAGAAGGAGGAGGUCCAAGAUGAGAACCAACCACCCAAAAUUUCCCACCUGAAGUCCUUCUGGGAGAAGGGCAACACCGGGCCCAAGAUACUCAUCAGCAGAUCAAUCACUGACAAAGGACAGAAACAAAUGGAGAAAGAGAGAGAACUAGCAGAGAAGUCUCAUAGAACUGUUCCUGGCCCAGAGUCAUACAGUGUGGAGGGGUCGUCCAGGAAGAAUCUCGGGGAUGGAAAAGAGGAUGAACGGUUAAGCCUAGAUACUCAACAAAACUCUACUAGUCAAGAUGUGAGAAGUGUUCAGCCGAGUGUUAGCCCUUACAAACAGGAGGUAUACACACACAAACAGAGUGUUGUUAUUGCUCCCUCUAUAGAGAUAUGUACACUGCCAACCUGGGAUGUUAGCUACACUCCUGCGGCUCAAAGUGAGAAGGAUGAUUUGACAUUAACAGAAGAAGAUCUCAGAAGAUUCCCAAUGACAGUAGACAGAAGAAGCUCAGAGGCAGAAAAAGUCUUCCUAACUAGACUCCAUCCUCAGCCUGACACAGUGUCCCAGUCCAGACUCAGUCUAGAACCUCAGAGAUUCUCCCCAUCCACACUUAGUCCUCAGCCUGAGCUGCUCCUCCAGCCCACAGUUAACCCCCAAACUGUGAAGCUCUCACCUGCCAUACCAAAACCCCAACCUGAAAUGCCGUUCAGUCCCAAUCCACUGCAUGAACUACUCUUCCAGCCUGCAACCAGCCCAGACUCUAAGAAGUUCCAUCAGUCUAGACACAAGGUUGAAAAAGAAAGUGAACAGUUUUCCCCCAAAACUCAGCAGAGCUAUGUCAAUGAAGAAACAAAGGAGGGUAAAGAAUUGAAAAGAGAUUUUGUGCAUUCAAGUGUGUCCAGUAAAAAACAAGACCACAACAUUACAGAUAAAGGAAAUAGCCCACACACUCUGAAGCAGGUUCCCCCUCGGCAGGACAGCAAGGCAGACAAGAUAAAGCAGCUCAAGUGCUUCUGGGAGCAGGAGAAGAACAGGCCUAUAUUUUAUACAGGUAAAUCAAAAGAAGCAGGGGACUCCAGCAUGACUCAAACUCCAUCAUCGGCCCCAGGAAAGCUGAAUAAAAGGUUUACCAAGUCUGAGUUUGACCUGAGGUCAAUCUGCAACGAAUCAGACAGCGACCACAAAGGGGAUUCCAACCUUUCCUCUGACAGAAAAAGACAGAAUUUCACAGUCUUCACAAUGAAUCAAAGACUGGAGAAGUCGUCCCCAGGUCUUGGAGCAAACCGCUCGCAGUUUAAGAAUCUUCGUAACUUCUGGGGUGAGGCCACUUCGAAUAGCAGAGGGCCGAUCUCUUCUGACGAACCCAAAAGCCUCAGAAAGAAGGAGCCAAUGGAUGCCCAGAACUCAAUGCUUGAGUUAAAGCAAUGUGUUGACCCUGAUUUCUAUAGCAAAUCUUCCCCCAGCCAGUCACAAAUGGUCAGUGCUAGACCACCUUUGGAUGAGAGCCGGCUUAAGAAAACAUCUUCACCUUCUUCACCAUCUUCUCCAUCUCGCCCUCCAUCUUUAGUCAGGGGGAACAAAGACAGAGAGCACCAGUCGAGGUCUAAAUCGAUUGGAGCGGGUUCAGGAGCUAUGAUUGACACUAAAGCGCACCAGUCAAAGUCUAGAUCAGUUGGUGUGGGAUCAGGAGCUAUGAUUGACACUAAAGCCAACUUCUCACCUCAAAUCACCGUAGAGUCAGAGCUGCAAAGAGCCCCUGGGGCUCAGAACAGGGGCUCAGAACAGGACUUCACCAAAGAGGAAAAGGCCCUGAAGCCCCAAAGCACCUCAGGAAAGGAAUCUUGGUCUCACAAAGCUAGAAAAGACAGUUUUGGAAACUCAAGUGGAAGUGGACGUGCAAGUUCUCUUCGGCGUGCCACCAGUAUGUUCACAUUAGACAUGAAUGAGGAACAGGACCAAACUUCUCUGUUGUACCCUAAAAAGACACUAGAUAUUAGUGCUUUUCAAGCGAAAAGGACACAGGGUAGACGACAGAGUGCUGACAAGCAAGCACUUCUUGGUCCAAGGAGGUCCUCAAAAUCAUCAGACGAGUCUGAAUCUCUGACCCCUCGCGCUCGGGCCUUUGUUCCCAGAGACUACCGCCAUUACCUGGGGAUCACAGAGAAGACCAGCGUCCACACUGCUCUGGCCCUGGCAGUGAAGGAGCAGAAGGAGGGAGAAGGCCCGCCUGGGGCUGAACUUGACCUGAGUGGUGGGCUUGUCAGAUCCAGCACCCUAGUGGACUCAGAGGAGCGCUACAGCAGGAGGAACAGCAAGAUAACCCAGCGCCCCCUGGCCCUCUGGUCAAACCAGGGCAGCACUGACACAGGACAUGAGUCAUCAUUCUGUGCCUCUGAGAGAGCAUCGAGCAGCACAUCUGAAACUUGGUCUAACGCCAGGAUAAGUUCAAAUCGUGACAAUUAUGAUGACCAUGUACAGAAGGCAUUGAAGAGAGCUCAGGCCCGCCCACGAAAUCUGGCCAAAAGUCUUGAGGACAUCACAGCAUCCAUGCCACCACGACAAGAUAGAAGGCUAGCUCCUCUUGAUGACAUCAGGCGAAGCAGUGAUGCAUCUACCCUCCCCUCUCCCUCCUCAUCCCUCUACUCUGACACUGAACAUUUGAAGAAGAUGAGCAAAUCUGUUCCCUCGUUCCUGCAAAAUGAGAGCGAUGGCAGAGACACUGACUCUGCCUCUGAGGACAGUUACCAUGGAGGCAGGCAGAACACGGGCAGAUCUAUGACUAAACUCAGCAGCUCCUCUGGCAUGGCAUCUGUGUCCUCUCUGAGUGGCAGUGUGAUGACAAUGUACAGUGGCGACUAUGGAGGUGUGGAGGUGCAGGGGAACAUCCAGUUCUCCAUCAACUACGUCCAGAAGCUCAGGGAGUUCCACAUCUUUGUGGCUCAGUGCCAAGAUCUGGCGGCCGUCGACCCCAAGAGGGGCCGCUCUGACCCGUAUGUUAAAAGUUACCUGGUGCCUGACAAAGCCAAUCUAGGGAAGAGGAAAACGUCUGUGAAGAAGAAGACUGUCAACCCCAUUUUCAACGAGCUCCUCAGAUAUCGGCUUCGUAUGGAGUACCUUCGAACUCAGACCCUCAUUCUCUCUGUCUGGCACCACGACACCUUUGGCAGGAACAGUUUUCUGGGCGAAGUGGAUGUGGACCUGUCCAAAUGGGAAUUUAACCACACCCAGAUGAACUACUUAGCUCUGAAAUCCAGGCCCGCCUCCAGUCUGCAGCCCUCAGAUGACAGAGGGGAGAUGAAACUGGCCAUACGCUUCCUGCCUCAAGUCUCCCACAGCCUAGGCAAGGACCCCCCCUCUAACAAAGGUGAGGUUCACAUUUGGGUGAAAGACUGCAAGAACCUUCCCCUCAUCAGAGGGGCCACCGUCGACCCAUAUGUCAAGUGCUUCGUGCUCCCAGACACGAGCAGAAAGAGUCGUCAGAAGACACGGGUGCUGAGAAGGACGGUGGAGCCGGUGUUUAACCACACCAUGGUGUACGACGGCUUCAGACAGGAAGACCUGAAGGAGGCCUGUGUGGAGCUGACUGUGUGGGACCGUGACAAGUUGGCUAGUAACUUCCUGGGGGGUCUAAGACUGGGGCCUGGCACAGGCAGAAGUUAUGGGGCAGUGGUGAAUUGGAUGGACUCGAAUUCUGACGAGGUAGCUCUAUGGGAACGAAUGAUGACCUCUCCAAACGAAUGGGUGGAGGAUGUGCUGCCACUGAGAAUGCUGACCACAGCAAAGACUGUGCUAAAAUGAGAACGACUCUGUGAGAAAGGCUUCAACUUGCCACAGUUCAAGUAACAUUGUUGCUUUUUAUAUUAUAUACUGUGAUGUGUAAUCUAGAUUAAUCAAAUACAUUUUAUAUUGGAAUAUAUAGGAAUGAAGAAGCACUUGUAAAAAUCUACUUAACAAGUUGAUGAUCAUAUAUAUCUUUAAUACAUUUAUGUUAUAUUAAUGAUAAUCAUACAAGCCAAAUAUUAUUAUUAUUAUUAUCAUCAUCAUCAUCAGCCAAAACACACUUAUUUUUGGUGUUUAAUCCUCAAUUACAAGAAGUUUACUCACUCCAUUAUUUAUAUUUGUUAUGACAGAAUUUUCCAUGACGAAUGUACAUCCUAACAUUAUUAACCACAAUUAAAGAAUGUGCAAUGAUGAGUA